AUGGGGCUGGAAAGCCUGGGCCACCAACCAGCCCUGGAGCCUGGUGGGAAAGUAGGUGAUGAUGGGGUAUUGAAGAGACUCCUGCCAGAGUCAGAAGCAUAUGUCAUUGAGGUGGAUGUGGACACAGCCCAUCCAAACUUGUCAAUUGCUGUGGACAAGAAGAGUUUUACAUAUAAAUCACAGGCCCAGAAAGUGACUCAAAAUGAAGGGAGUUUUGACUCAUCUGUCUGUGCGCUGGGCUCAGAAGGUUUCUCCUCUGGGAAGCAUUACUGGGAGGUGGAUGUUGAAAAAAGCAAUGACUGGGACCUGGGAGUAGCCAGAAAAUCUUCUCCGAGGAAAGGAAAAAUGUCUCUGUCACCUAAAGAAGGAUUCUGGGCUCUGGGCUUAAGUUUUAAAGGUUACUGGGCAAGAACUGAUCCAUGGACACGGUUAGCAGUGCAGAAAAAUCCCAGGAAAAUUGGAAUUUACCUUAACUGUGAAGAGAAAACUCUGACUUUUUUCAAUGUUACUGACAUGUCUGUGAUGUUCACGUUUAAAGACUGUGCAUUCUCGGAAGAAGUUUAUCCGUUCUUUAAAAAUUCACACAAAGAAUCAACCAUGAGAAUUAGUUCAGUUAAAGAGGAAUAA